AUGCGGAAGAUACAAAAUCUAAUAGUUUUAUGUUUUACCUUACACCUUGGUGCCCAUACGUCAUCAGAACUUUAUUUCCAUUUAUUGGAAGGUGAGAAAGACCUGACAGAGAAAGAUAUACUACGUCAGGAAAAACAUAGACCAUUUCCUUCUGACACCUUACCUAUCAUGAACUUGAUAGAAAAUCCUAAUGCGUCAUACGAUCCUAAACCCUCCGAUAUUAAUCGCCGGUUUCUGAAACAUUUGAUAGGUACAGACUAUGAUAAGGAUUUCAUGUCAUAUAAAAUACCAAAAGGAAUGAAUUUCACGACAAUGUUUACCUUAGAAAAAGGUCGUCCAGCAGGAAAGAAACCAAAAUUUCUAAAACUGAUAAAAACUUUGAAACAUAUCAAUGGACAAAAGUUUAAAUUAAAACUAGGCAAGAAACAUCGGAGAAAAUUUCAGAAAUACUUGUGGAACUAUACCUUUUGCCCCGUGAUGUAUAUUUGGAAGGAUCUAGGUCUUCGAUUCUGGCCUCGUUGGAUUAAGGAGGGGACGUGUAAGUCGAAAAAUCAGCGGUCAUGUUCGAUUCCACCCGGUAUGGAAUGUAAACCAAGUGGUUCUACAACAAAGACAAUAUUGAGAUGGUACUGCCGGAAAAGAAGUCUCGAGAAGGUACCCUAUGAUUGUGAAUGGUUAAUGGUAAAAUAUCCCAUUAUUACCAAAUGUUCAUGUUCUUGUUAG